AUGGCCAGGAUUCUGAUUCCGGAAGAUUUUCCAAGCCUCUUGAGUAUAGCCGACAAGAAAUCGCAUAAGAUCUUUGAUUUUGAUGUUUGGAAGCGACCAAUUGAUAGGCCGGGUAGAAGAAGGCGACUGAAUGAAGGUCAGGAGCCUUGCAAAUGGCACGUGGAACCGGCCAUGAAGAUGAUUCGCUGCACUAAACCCACUUUUAGCGACACACUAUUAUGCGACAUUGGAGGAAACGAGACUACAGAAUUGUAUGAAUAG